AUGGGAGACAACCUCUGGCUCGGCCUACGUGCCCAAGACCCAUGGCGGGCCGUGCGCCCAGCCCAGAGCCCCAGAGCCUGCAGACCCCACGCGGACUAUGGGGAUCAAGGAUUCAGGAGAAAAGCUCAGACACCGCGGCUGGCGCCUCCCACUGACCACAAAGUACCAGAGCAGCGAGACGAGGGCGCAGUACACUGGCUUUCCCAGCGGGGACCCGCGCGCCCCGGAAUACUUCGGGCCCGCCCCCACAACUCGCAGACCACCACCGCGGGGGGCCUUCCCAGUAUCCGACCACGGCGUCCUGAACCGCCGACAGCUCUAUCUAACCACCUCAGCGCGGGACUUUCGGUUCUAUCCCAAGACGGAGCUGUCCGGAUACCCCCGCAAGGACUACCUGACCUACUGGAGCUUCGAAGAGACGCCCCAGGUCUGGGGCCACCAGCAGCGGCCGCCCUGUCCGCCCUCCUCCCGGCCGCCUCCAGCGCCGCCCGGCGAGCCCUUUCUCUGGCUCAGGAAUCCUACAGCCCCUCGCUGCAAACGCACCGCCAGCUCGACCGCUUCCGCCCGCCGGAGGCGACCGGGGAUGGCCCCCACUAACCCCUGCCGGGCAUCCACAGCGUCCCGAAAGCCUACAGCACGGAGAACUCCCGCUCAGGCAACUGGAAGCCCGGGCCAGUGGGAGCCGGCCCGGCCAGCCCAACCCCAGACACGCCCCCUGGCCUGGGGGCGGAGCCGAGCUCUAGACCUCCGCUCUCUACGCGGUGUCCGGACCAAGGUGGGCUCGCACUCAUUAACUCUAUCCCCAGUGUGGAAACAGGACUAGCCCAGACACGCUCACUCAGCUACGGCUGGAUCGCGGGGAAGGGACUAAGUCCAGAUAAGGUCCUUCCAGGCUGCGGCCCCGCGGGCAGGACACACGCCCUGAGGGCCUAUUCAAUAAUCAGUUAA